AACAAUUUAUUGUUUCGAAAAUAGUAAAUAAUUUUCUAUUUGAAAUCAAACAGCAUCAAAGUGCAUACAUAGAUCAUGAAAGUUCAGAUAAUAUUUUUGGUGUCUCUUAUCAUUACCUCCCGUUGUUGUUUCUCCAACGCAGCUACGCAGGAGAUAAGUCACAUAAGUAUAAAUGAAGAUGAUUACAUGCGAGAAGAAUCCCUAUUUUUGAUAGAUGAAAAAGAUUUGGAAAUCAGAGGCACAUUGCAGCAAUCAUUUGUCAGCAGCAAUGGAGAUAUAUUACGAACUACCCUAGAAUAUGUAGCCGACAAACUUGGUUACCGUACAAAAUACAAAUAUGAAACCGAUCCUGGAUAUUUUGUUGAAGCCUUAUGUGGAUCUACUUUGUAUUCCUUGGCAGGUUAAUAAAAUUUCAUUUU